AUGUCUGGUUCGGUAGAUGAUGUGCCCUGCAUGAACUUUGAAGCCAACAUAUUUGCAAAGAGCCUGUGCCAGCACUGUUUCCAAGCCGCAGGGGCUCACGAGCACUCUAUCCAGGAGUGUGCCGUGGAGGUUCCAGGGUGUGAUGCCGGCAGCGAUGCAGACCCAGGCGGGCCCUGGGAUGCUCUCCACAUUUUAGCCCCCCAGUGUGAGGUGUACUUGUGCGUGGGCCCAGCAGAGGAGACGGAGGGCUGGCAUGAGAGCAGGGGAUAUCCCCCACUCAGCCCCGGAGCUGAGGGUGAGCACGGAGAAACCGGCACCGACCCCAGCGCUUGUGCUGAAGCCAGCUCCGCACUUGCCAGGUACACGGUGCUGGCAGACCUGCCCAAGCCCAAGCGCCUCGGCCAGCGGGAUGCUGUCGACCGCUGUGGUUCCCGCACGCUCAGCCCCGGCCGGGCGGAGGUGGAGAAGAUAUUUGGCUGCCAGCGCAGGAAAUCAGAGACCCUGGAGGCCUUCCAGGCCCUGGAGGAGGGCCGUGUGGACCGACUCGAUGGCAAGACCCCAGUGCCACCCAGCAAAGGCCGCCCAGUUCCAAGACAGUCCAGCCCCAGCCUGCCCAAGGAGGGUCAGCGGCAAACGUGGCACCUCGAGCAGCGCAGCAGAGACCCCAAGGGGCCCCUACGUUCCCCUAGCCCAGCUCGGCACCCCGAGAAGACCAGCAAGAACCGGGGGGACCCCCUGCGGCCCACCAGCCCCUCCUGGCUGCUGGAGAGAGGCAGCCGGAGCCCGCGCUCCGCCAGCCCGGCUCCUCGGUCAGAGCGGAGGGCAGGGGAGCCCCUGAGCCCUCCCUGGCACUCGGACAAAAGCUGGAGAAGCCGAGGGGAGCCCAGCUGGCCACAAACCUCAGAGAGGGGCCGAGACACCUGGCAGGCCAGGAAUACAGGGCAAGUCCUGGAGAGGAAGAGCCGAGGGGACUCUCUGCACCCUGCAGGCCUUGGGAAGGGCUCGGACAACAGGAGGCUGAGCCAGGUAGGGGCACCAGCACGAUCCCUCAGUCCUGGGAGACAUAUGGAGAGCACGUGGAGAAGCCAAAAGAUCUCAUCUCCCAGCACAGUGCGGGGGGCAGAGAGGCAACGGGUGAAGUCGGGGGAGCCACUGCAGCUCAGGAGGCCCGGGAAGCCAUCUGAGUGUGGCUGGCAGAGCCUCCGGGAAAAGCUGCCAGCCUCGCAUCCUGGGAAGGGCAUCGGCAGUGACUCGAAAGGCCGAGGCAAACCUCUGCGCCCCACAAGCCCAACACGACCACUGGAGCAGGACUGGGGGGGUCGGAAGGAUGCCCGCCAAGCGCAGGCAUGGGAGAAGGACUGGAAGCAACAAGGGAAGCCUGUGUGCCAUGCAGACUUGAAGCACCAGCUGGAAAGGGACUGGAAAAGCCCUGCUAAAUGUCUGGACACAAGACUACGGCCAGAUGACAGCUGGAAAAGGCCUGAGAGUCCAGCACAACUGCUGGAGGACGACUGGAAGGGUCCCAAGCACACUCAAGACACAAACAACCCAGAGAAGCCAUUGGAAAGCGACUGGGGGAACAAGAGGCUUCUAAUUUACCAUCCCCAGCUGGGUGGAGGCACCUUCCCACCACACAGCAGUGCCAGCUCCUCUGGAAGCCCACAGCCACAUUCGAAUGCCAGUGAGAAGCGCAACAAGCCGGACCUCCUCAAUUUCAAGAAGGGAUGGAUGUCCAUCUUGGACGAGCCAGGAGAGGUAAGCAACCCUUCCCUGCCCUGCCUGAUUGGCCUGCAGUGGAAGAAACAUUGGUUCGUGCUGACGGACUCCAGCCUGAGGUAUUACCGGGACUCAAACGCAGAGGAGGCUGAUGACCUUGAUGGAGAAAUCGACCUCCGUUCCUGCACAGACGUGACGGAGUUUGCGGUGCAGCGCAACUACGGCUUCCAGAUACACACAAAAGAUGCUGUCUUCACCCUGUCAGCAAUGACCUCGGGCAUCCGGCGCAACUGGAUCGAAGCCCUGAGGAAGAACGUGCGCCCAGUUAGUACUCCAGAUGUCACCAAGCUCUCAGACUGCAACAAGGAGAACUCCUUCCGUAACUGUGUCCCCCAGAAGGGCUCACUCCGAACAGAGGAGCAGCAGCGGCCGGGCUCGGGCUCCGAGGGGAACUCCAAGGGUGGUCACUGGAAGGCAGAUGGGCAGCGCCAUGCCUUUGACUACGUGGAGCUGUCUCCCUUGCCGCAGGAUCCCGGGAAUCAGGGGUCCCUGCAGAGGACGAAAGGGAGCCUGAAGGUCUCCGACCGAACUCCCAAGCAUGAAGAGCUGGAGCGGGAUCUGGCUGUCCGUUCAGAGGAGAGACGGAAGUGGUUUGAGACCCCCGAUGGCAGGGUCCCAAACAGCGAUGGCCCAGGGGCAGACUUUUCCCGCAAGGUGAGGGAGCAGGACCUCCCCGCACCCCCGCUCACGGAGGAGCAGCGGGUUUGGCUGAAUGAGGAGAUAGAGAAGAAGUGGCUGGAGCUGGAACGCCUGCCCUUGAAGGACUCGCGGAGGGUGCCCAUGACAGCACUGCUGAACCAGAGCAAAGGGGGCCAGGGUGACACCAACGAGGCACUGAAAAAGGAGGUCCAGUCACUGCGGGCACAGCUGGAGUCCUGCCGGGCCCAAAACGAGAGCCUUCAGGAGGCAGCGAAGUCCCAGGGCGACAGACACGUGCCCCGGGGGUACAUCUCACAGGAGGCCUGUGAGCGCAGCCUGGCUGAGAUGGAGUCAUCCCACCAGCAAGUGAUGGAGGAGCUCCAGAGGCACCACCAGCGGGAGCUGGAGCGGCUGCGGCAGGAGAAGGAGCGGCUCCUGGCAGAGGAGGCUGCGGCGACGGCAGCGGCCAUCGAGGCACUGAAGAAAGCCCACCGGGAGGAGAUGAAUAAGGAGCUGGGCAGGUCACGAAGCUUCCAGCAGUGUGGCUCCAUCUCCGAUGCCCUCCAGAAGCAGCACCAGCUGGACAUCGAUUCCCUGAAGCGGGAGCUGCAGGUGCUUUCUGAACAGUACUCCCAAAAGUGCCUGGAAAUUGGAGAACUCACCCAGCAGGCAGAAGAGCGGGAGCAGACGCUGCUCCGCUGUCAGCAGGAGGGGAAGGAGCUCCUCCGGAAAAACCAGGAGCUGCAGCCCCGCCUCUCGGAUGAGAUCGGGAAGCUGCGCAGCUUCAUUUCCUCGCGAAGCUCCGGGGACCGCUCCGCGCACAGCAACGAGCGCAGCUCCUGCGAGCUGGAGGUGCUGCUGCGCGUGAAGGAGAACGAACUCCAGUACCUCAAAAAAGAGGUGCAGUGCCUCCGGGAGGAGCUGCAGAUGAUGCAAAAGGAUAAGAGAUUUGCCUCAGGGAAAUACCAAGAUGUCUAUGCGGAGCUGAAUCACAUUAAGGUGCGCUCAGAGCGAGAGAUCGAGCAGCUGAAGGAGCACCUGCGCCUGGCCAUGGCAGCUCUGCAGGAGAAGGAGUCACUGUGCAACAGCGUCGGCAAGUAA